CUUGGGUGAAAACUCCUCAAUAAAAGCGCGACUCCUAUUCAUCUUUGCAUUUGGGGUUUUAUCGGACAGAGCGAAGUACAUGAAUGGGUUUGGAUCUUACUUUUCGUCAGAAGAUAAAAGAUGCUCUGGCUCUUUACCCUUAGGUCAAAACUCUCCACAGAACUGUCCUUAUGGUUUAUAUGCGGAACAAAUAUCAGGAACUGCUUUUACUGCUCCUCGUAAGGAAAAUUUAAGAUCGUGGUUAUACAGAAUACGUCCUAGUGUAUUGCACGAACCGUUUAAACCUUUUAUUGGUAAAACGGGACUAAAUAACAAUUGGAAUGAACAACUUCCAAAUCCCAAUCAGAUGCGUUGGAAGCCUUUUGAUAUGCCGUUAGACGACGUAAAUUUUGUCGAAGGUUUACACACGAUAUGCGGUUCAGGGGGUGAACAUAGUCAUCAUGGCAUAGCAAUACAUAUUUACAGUUGCACUACUUCCAUGGAGAAAAUCGCUUUUUAUAAUAGCGAUGGUGACUUUUUGGUUGUGCCUCAGAAGGGAUGUUUGGAAAUAACAACUGAAUUUGGCAAAUUUGUAGUAAGGCCAAAUGAAAUAUGUGUCAUACCACAGGGUAUUCGCUAUUCAGUUAAAGUAAAGGAACCAUCAAG